UGGACUUGCGAUGGGCGGCACAGCAAAGAGUAGAGGAGGCGGCUAGGAACAACCGUGGUAGAGAAGGCUUUGGUGGUGCCGACAAUGGAGGAAUCUCGACGAGCUUGUGGUGGAGAAGGUAAAGCGCGAAGUGCUGGAUCGAGGAGAGGGGAAGAAAAAGAUAUAGGACGCGUGACAGUGUUGAAAGGCGGAUGCUGGGUCAGUGGUCAGUGACAUGUGAGGUGAGGGGCACUGUGCAAGAAGGAGAGGGAGUAAUGGCCAGCUAGCGGGGCCCACAACAGAGGCAGCAAACUCGGGUGCGACCCACGGCAAGGAGAGGGGGUAGAUCUGGGUUGGAUCUUGGCGGGAUCUUCCACAGACAUGGGAUCUGUUUGGCCGAUGGGGCUAGAUCUAACCUAUGGGAGGAUGACAUGUGGCGUUACUUUUGAAGUAUUUUCUUUUCCUUUUUUAAACUAACGGUUGUUUCAAAUGAUUUAGGGGUCCAAACUAAGUCCAAAUUUUAUCGAAUUUUACAAGUGGCCUUUUUUUUCACCUAUUGUAAAGUUUCAACUCUUUUGAGAAACUUUGAAAAUUUAAAAUUUAUUUGAAUUUAAAACUUGUAUAAUUCCAAAAUGGUAUUAAAACAAUUCCAAAUUACCUGAAACUUUGCAGGUGCUCAACUUAUACAUAUGUGAGCUUGUGCCAAAAAUUCUCAAGUUAAAUGGACCACCUCAAAAGUGGGUUGUUUCAUAGAAUUUAAAAAUGGGUUUUAACGAUGAUCAGGGAAAAGAAAAAAGCCAAUGCGUUGGAAUCUUACAAGACAGUUGUCCGAAUUUCAUUUUGGUCCGUUGAGCCAGCUCUGGGCCAUGAUUUUGGGUUGUACUUUUGGAUUCCGCCGUUCCGGAGCUACACUUUGAAGAAGAAUGCACCACACACCUUGAGAUACACAUAAAGACAGCACAACACAAAAUUCCGCUUAUUUUCAUGUCUUCCAUAAGUCUAACAAUGUCGAAACAUGUGACAAAAAUUAUGUGUUGCUCGAAAGUUCGCAUCAAAUUUGGUUAAUUUAGCUAUUACCGAAACUGAUUGGUUAUUACCGAAAACAUACCUUAUGCUAUACAAAUCUGUAUUACCGAAAUACAAAAGCCGUACUCCUGUCCAACACCCUGUCCAAGCCCUUAACCCACCCGCAACACCGAACCGAAAAACCACCCUGUCCGAGCCCUAAACCCACCCGCAACUGCGGGUCUGCGGCCUGCGUGCCGGACUGCCGGGUGACGCCUCCUGGACUUGCACGGCGAAUCGCCGAAUCCUUUCUUCAUUCUGCCCCCGCGGCAGCCGGCAUUGUGAGCGGCCUCCGGUUCCUUCCGUCCCAGACGCUGCUGCCGUCGGCCGUCAUCCAUGGCGCAGCCGCUCUCCCCUUCCUCCCAGGAUGCUUCCAAUCCCCAACAGAGGGUGGUCAUAACCAACAAGCAUGGAGAGGAACUUGUGGGGUUGCUGCAUCCCGUGGGUUCGAACAAUAUUGUAGUCUUGUGCCAUGGCUUUACAGCCUCCAAGAAUUCUAGCGUCAUUGCUGAUCUGGCAGAUGCACUAACAAAGCAAGGGACUAGCAUCUUUUGCUUUGAUUUCAGUGGAAAUGGAGAAAGUGGAGGCGAAUUUCAGUACGGCAACUACAGGAAAGAGGCUGAUGACUUGCAUUCAGUUGUCUCUUAUCUUCACCAGAAGAAGUAUGAUGUCAAAGCUAUUGUUGGUCACAGCAAAGGAGGAGAUGUGGUUGUUCUGUAUGCUUCCAUGUAUCAUGAUGUAAACAUGGUUGUUAACCUGUCCGGACGAUUUUAUUUGGAGAAAGGCAUUGAAGAACGCCUAGGGAAAGGAUUUAUUGACAGAAUUAAUAAGGAAGGUUACAUUGAGGUAACAAAAUUUCUGGUAAAAAAAAAGUCAGGAAAGAUUUUGUACAGGGUUACAAAAGAGAGCUUGAUGGAACGACUGAACACUGAUAUGCAUGCUACAAGCCUUUCCAUCAGUAAAGAAUGCAGCAUCUUCACAGUCCACGGUUCAGCUGAUGAGAUCGUUCCGGUGGAAGAUGCAUAUGAGUUUGCGAAGCAUAUACCAACCCACAAACUCUGCGUCAUCAAGGGAGCAAAUCACUGCUACACAGCACACCGUAAAGAACUUUCCAAUGCUGUAGUGGAUUUCAUCAUAUCCAACAAGGCAGGGGAUACCUCAUUACCAAAAGAUGAAUGAUUUCUGAUAGAUUACUGCUGUAGAUUUCCGUCCGUGCAGAUUGGAGCUCCCGGUUCUCAAAAAAAGAACAAAAGAUUGGAGCUCCCCUCUGAUAAAAACAAUUAGAGACCAUGGCCAUUCUACUUUCCUGUCGGAGCGUAUCUUUUGAACUAAAUAUUGAAGUAGGAAAACUUGUCAAGAAAUCCUUGCAAGCCUUGCAAUACAAGAAGUUGCGAAGGUUUAUGUGGUGUGUUGCGUGAUUGGCCACAUUAGUGCAAUGAUGGCAUUCAUGGCAUGUCAUGCUGACUGGUUUUGGAAGGGCCAUGUCCCAUGUUCAUCUUAAAAUUACUCC